AUGGCUCCCAACUCUAAGCGCCGCUUUUCUCUCAGCGCCCUCUCCCCUGCCUCCAGGCGAUACAAGCAAGUCAUGGGCCAUCGAAACGAGCAACGUCGAUCCGUCGACUCAACAGCCAGCGGCUCUACGCUCGGUGAUAUGCCCGUCACUGAGGUUGAGAAGCAUGUCGUGGAUCCGGCCUAUCGCUGGACCACUGCCAACAGAAUGGGCUAG